AUGUUUGAAGAAAUUUAACUAAGUGGUAUUGUACCAAAAGAAAUAGCAUCUCAUUCUAAUAUUACAUUAAUUGGAAACUAAGUUGAAGAACAUUUUAAAUGCACAGACUCAUCAAAUACUUAAUUUAUAGAAGACAUAAUUUAUGUUGUGUAUGUUAUAUAUUGUAUUUAUUAAUAGAAAAGUUACAAAUGGUUAGACUGUUUCAAUUCAUAAAUAUGAUAUGAAGGAUUUAUUUCACAAAUCAAUAUAGUUGACUAGUGAGUACUUAAACUUUUCUCAUUUAAUUACUCAAAAUGGUUGUGUUAUAAUGAGAGACUAUGAUACUCCUUAUUUAUUGGUUGUAACAUAAACUGGAUAAAUCUUUUAUAAGAAUUUAAUUUCAAAUGCUUCAAGCAUAAUUAAGAAUUUAAUGGUGGAUAAUCAAAGAUUUAUGUGUCUGGCUAAAUCACUCAUAUACAAUAAUUAACUUAAAUUUUAUGUUAUAAGUGAUGCUGAUUAAUUACAUUUUAUAACUAUUGAUGUAAGAAGAGGUGAGAUUGUGAAAAGUAAAUAUUAACUAAGUUUUGGUACCAAAUUUUUGAGUAAAUUUUUUGGAACUCAAACUAAUGAUUGGAAGACUGCAUUUUAAAUUGAUGAAAAAUAAAUAAUCCAUUACUCUUUUUAAACAUAAUUUCAUUUACUUUAAAUAAAAGGAAUAGAUAUUAGUUCUAGACAUUUAUAAAUUGAAGAUAAUAUCAAAGUUAAAUAAAUAGAAGUAUUUUAACAUAAACCUAAUGGUUAAAUUACUUUAUGUUAUCUUCAUUAAAAUUAAUUGAAAAUAUAUUCAUUGAUUGGAAAUUAAUUAAGAAUAAAUUGUAUUAUUUCUUAAUUAGUUUUUUUAUAAAAUAUAACAUUUAAUAUAAGUAGUAUACAAAAUACUAUAAUUUUGAUUUAAGGAUGUGAAAUCUAUUCAUUAAGUAAUGAAAACAAUACUUUUGAAUUAGUUAAUUAAAAUAAAAAUCCUAUUUUAGGUUUUAUUAAUUUAAAUGAUCAAUUGUUAUUGUUUUAUAAAAAUCAUAUUUCAGUUAUUAAUUAAGUUUAAGAUUAGACAAGUUAAAAAUAAUAUCGUUUAAGAUAAGAAAUUUAUAAAUUUAAAAAGGAUGUAGAAAAUUAAUAUAAAUUAAAAGAUGAAGAACUAAUCGUAUAAUCAAUAUCUAUAGAUUCAUAUAUAAAAAAUAAGUUUGAUUAAUUUUAAACAUUAUUGAAAUUUAUGCAUCGUAAUUUAGAUUAAAAAAAAUUAAUCUAGUUGAUGAAAUAAUAAUCAAAUAAUUUUUCUAUUGAAAACUUUAUGAAUUAAUUAAUGGAUGAUUUAGAAGAUAUAUAUUAUUAUUUGAAACCAACAAUUUAAAUGUUAAAUUUAGAUUUUAAUUAGACUUAAAAUUAAUUGAUUCAAUAACUCAAUUAAUUAGAUCAAUUUUUAAUGUGCGUCUAUUAUGAUGAAUUCUAACCCUAAUAAGAUUUCAAAUAAGAUUAAUCUGUAAAAUUAUCAUUACUUAAAUCCUUAGUAAUAAAUCAACUCAAAGAUUAUUACUAUAUGUAUUUGGAAAUAUAUUUAGGUUUGGCUGUUCUAUACAAUAUUUACAAAAUAUAAUUUGAACUUCAAAAUGAUCAUAAAUUAUUUUAUGAUACUAUGUUACUAUUAACUUUAUGUUAAGAAAAGUCAUACAUAUCAUUUUAUGAUCUACUAAAAAAAUAAUUUUUAAUUGUUUCUAAUGAUAUUUCAUUACAAAAAUUAUCUACUAUUUAGAAUGUCAUAUAUAGAUUUAUUAGUUUAAUCUAUUCUGAAGUAUUCAGAGAUUUCCCAAUUCCAGAACAAUUAUUAUGUGAAGCUUUCAUAUAAAAUUAAAAAAAAUCAUUAAUAAAUCAAAAUAAUGCAAAAGAAAUUAUUAGAUAUUGUAAAGUGAGUUAAUAAAUAGGAUAAUAAUAAGAUAAUAUCAUAUAAUUUAUAAAUGAAAAUGAAGACCAAUAUCAAGAAUUAAAAUUGAGAAUCUCAUUCUAUUUAUAAUAAUAAUAAUAAAAUUUUUAAAUAGAAGAUGAAUAAGAGAUAAUAUUAAAAAAAUUAAUAGGUUAUGCUAUUAAAUAAGAACAAUAUUAGCUUUUAUUUUAAAUUCUGAAUUUGAAUUAAACAAAAUAAAUAAAUGAUCAAUUAUCCUUAAUGAUUGAUAGUGAUUAAUUGUUUAAAUGCUAAUUAAGUAAUAUUAUUUAUUUAUUUUAGAUGCAAGAACAACUGAUUAAAUUGCAGAAUUGUUAAUUCAAUAUUCACGUGAAAAAUGUCAUAAUUUGAAAAAAGCUGAAAAAGUACUUUAAUAUUACAGUUUUCUUAUGAAACAGGAAUCCAAAGACAAAGUAUAGAUUCAUAUCUAAUAAUUAGGCUUUUACAUUAUUGUUUGAGUAUAUUGUAAAUUUGGAAAUUUUGUUAUUCACUUUAAAAUAUAAAGAUGUUGCUCGUGGAGUAAAGACUUAAUUAGAUUAUAUAAAUAUUUUGUUAAAUCAAAUGGAAUUAUAAAGUAAACAAGAUUAAUUACCUUAUUCUAAAUAAUUAAUUUGCAAACUUAGCAAUUAAAAUUAUGAGUAGUUUAAGAAUCCAAAUAUUAUAAAUGAUAAAUCUGAGAUUGAUUCAGAAUCUCCCAAAAAUAUUAGGAUUGUUAAUUAAGAACAGAUAAUAAAAUUUAAGAAAUACAAAGAAAUUUAAAAUUUUGUUUGUACUAAUUAUACUCCUUAUGCAUAACUCAAUAAAGUAAUAGAAUAAUUGAUAUUAAAUGGAAAUCUCAAUUAAUUGAUUAAUGUAUUUAAAUUAAGUUUGGAUCAAAACUUUGAGAAAAAUAUAGUGUUUUUCUAUUUUAGUAAUGAAGGAUAGAGAGAAGAAUUACUAAAUGAAGUCAAACCAUUUUUAACUCAAAAAGAAUUUUCAAUAAUGUUAGCUAAAAUUUGUGUAGUUUGUAAUUUAAAUUUUGAAAAGUGCAAAGCAUUAUUUAAGAUGGCUUAGAGUUAAGAAUACUUCUUAUAAUAUAUGAUUAAUGUUGAUAAGGAAUAAAUAGCUUCUAUGAUAAUUUGA